UCAGGAUGUCAACAGAAUGAAACGCUACCAUCAUGAGGAUAAAAAGGAAAGACCAAGAAGGGAACUGAGCUGCAGCUCAUGAAUUUAAAAAAAAUUUCAGAGGAAAGUUAACUUGUAAAACAAGCCUCAGAAUUACAAGUGGACUCAAAAUCUAAGCACUGGGUCUUCUCUUCCCAGGCAAUUGUACCAUCAAUUGGCAGACUUCCUAAGUACUAACUCUAUUGUGUUGAUAAAAGGUAAUGAUAUCCUCUAUUCAGCUCGAUCUCAUUUAUAACAGCUAUAGGAGAAAGAUGAACCAAAACAAGAAAAAACAUGUAGCAUUCUGCUAUCCUGUCCAAAUUCCUAGCAAACAAAUCCGUCCAUCUCCUCGCCAACCAGUCUCUUCCUUCUUUUUGAAUCCUGCAGUACUGAAGGGCUUGAACCCAUCACAACAACGCUACCUGAACAGCAUUGCCAAAGUUUAUGAUUCCAAGCCCCAAAGGAAGAACCUGAAAUGGCAGUAUAUUCUCAGUCUUCUCCAGAAAUAUAACCUAGGUUAUAUUUCCAAAAAGGACGCCAUGUCUUAUGUGACUGCUAUGGAUCAGUAUACUAAAAAAGGACCCGUCAAGUAUAGAAGUAAAAACUGCAAGUCUCAGAAGACCCCUACUUUCACCUCUUCAAGAAAAUCUCUGUCCUCACAUGUAUGUCCUAUCAUUAAGCACUGCUGUUAGUGGUCAAGGCUCUGAGCACAUUUCAAGAUGGAGUUAGCAAUCAUGAUGUCAUUGACUCCGUAAAAAGACCCUAAGCUACUUUAGGAACAAUGUCUCUCCACUCUGUUCAUGCUGAUUGUGAAGUAGAGCCGUGGGGUUAAUAGUUUUACCCAUUGAGUUGUACUAAUAAAGCAUAGAUUACAAACAAG